AUGGAGAGCAGCGUUAGAAGACGCUACUGGAAACUUUUCGCACUUUAUUGCUUGCUGUUGGAGGCCUUGGGUCAAGAUUUUGGACCGACCCAGUUCAUCUGCACGUCCGUGCCCAAAGACGUGGACAUUUGCGCGGCUACUCUGCAGAACAGUGUUCCCGGUGAUGAGCUGCGGGCCACGGUCAUGCAGCUCAGAGAGACCGUGCUCCAGCAAAAGGAAACUAUUGUUAGCCAGAAAGAGACCAUCAGGGAGCUUACGGCCAAACUGGCACGAUGCGAGAGCCAGACCAGUCCCGAGGCUGGAGGAGGAGGAGGUGGGAGAAGGAAAGAACCGGGCUCCAAAAACACCAUGGGAGAUGUGUCCAGGGGUCCUGGAGACACGCUCGCACAACUCUCACAGACUUUGCAAAACCUGAAGCAGAGGCUGGAGAAUUUGGAGCAAUUCAGCCGCACAAACGGCUCUGCGCCUGCGAACAGUCUGAAGGAUCUGCUGCAGAGUAAAAUCGACGACCUGGAGCGCCAGGUGCUGGCUCGCGUCAACGCGGUGGAGGAGGAGGGCAGACCGGCCACGCGCAACGAGAGCGCGCAGCGCGGCCAAGUCGAAGCCACGCUUACCUCGCUGCACCAGCGCCUGAGCGACCUGGAGAAAGGACAGAAGGAAAACAGACCACUAGACAAAUUCCAGUUGACAUUUCCACUGAGAACCAAUUACAUGUACGCCAAAGUGAAAAAGAGUCUGCCAGAGAUGUACGCCUUUACCGUGUGUAUGUGGAUUAAAUCCAAUGCAUCUCCAGGAGUGGGGACAGCAUUCUCAUAUGCAGUUCCUGGUCAAGCCAAUGAGUUAGUCCUUAUCGAGUGGGGAAAGAACCCAAUGGAGAUUCUCAUUAAUGACAAGGUUGCGAAGCUGCCUUUUCUGAUAAAUGACGGAAAAUGGCAUCACAUCUGUGUUACGUGGACCACCCGUGAUGGAGUGUGGGAGGCCUUUCAAGAUGGUGUGAUGAGGGGGACCGGGGAGAAUCUGGCACCGUAUCAUCCAAUCAAAUCACAAGGAGUGCUCAUACUAGGUCAAGAACAGGACACCCUUGGUGGAGGCUUUGAUGCUACUCAGGCGUUUGUAGGCGACAUGGCAAAUUUUCAUAUCUGGGACCGGAAACUGACCAUAGGAGAGAUUUACAAUUUGGCGACAUGCAGCAGCAAAGCACAAGUGGGUAACGUCUUCUCCUGGCUGGAGACCAGCAUUGAGAUCUACGGUGGAGUAUCCAAAUGGACCUUCGAGGCCUGUCGCCAGCUGAACUGAUGGACACGGGGAUUUGAUAUCCGAUGCGAAACAUCCAUCCAUUCUCAGACAUGAUUUAA